AUGCGAGUGCGAGUCGGCAGUCUCAUUCAGGAUGGCAUCGUCAAAGGUCAACGAUUCGCUCUUAGCAGUGAUCUGUGGAGAUCAAAAACCAACGAGCCUCAGUUGAAAAUCGAGAUCAGGCAUCACAAGCUCAAGGAUUGCUACGCGCUUUACCUUACGGCCGGUUAUAAAAGCCUACUGAAGGGAGCCGAGCUGUGUCACAUCAAAAAACCGGUGAAAAGUCGAUUUGGUGGAGGUCUCCGAGAAUUCUCGUUUGAAGAGGCGCAAUGCUUUUCGGGAAUCGAGGGACGCAACACCUUCCUUACCGAUACGGAACGAGCACUCAUCGUGAAGCAAAUGGUGGACAUGAUGAGAGCGCCAAGUGGCGGAAUCAAUCUCGAUCUACCAACGCGGACGAUUACAAUACGGGAAGGGAUGGCGAUUGUUCCUCAACUGAUCUCUGCCAACCUCAUCGAAAAUGUUUUGCCACUGCACAGCUCAGAAUUUUUGAAACAUCUGCAACACAAAUGGGUACUGUCUACAGGUGAACAACCAUUGGAUGAGAUCCGGGAUUAUUUUGGCACCGAGAUUGCCAUGUACUUUUCUUGGCUCGGGCAUAUGACUACAGCUCUUUGGUUUCCCGCUCUCUUAGGCCUAUUUAUGUAUUUUUUCGCUGGUUUCAAGUACAAAGCUUCAUCGAGCAAAGACGACAAAUUGGAUUCCUUCCAGUUAUUCUCCGACAUAUCUUUUGUAUGCUUUGCGUUUUUCAACUGCGUUUGGUCAACGGCCUACUUGGAAUCUUGGAAGAGGAAACAAGCUGAAUUAGCCUUCAGAUGGGGAACGUAUGACAGCAACUGCGACUCCUACCUACAGGAUCCACGGCUCAAUUUCGGGGUGAGUAUUUUGCGCCGAAUCCGGUCUCAGGUCGAAUGGAGCCGUUCUAUCCGCCUUGGAAGCACGCUAUUGUUAGAUACGGUAUUACUUAUCCUUUAA